AUGGCCAUGGCACCGACCGCGUCCGCCGUCUCCUUCUCCGCCCGCCCCUCGACGGUCCGGCCACGCGCCGCCUCCGCCUCGGCGGGAGCCGGGCGGGUUCCCGCGGGGGCGCCCCAGGGAGGCAAGUGGUGGGCGCCGCUGGUCGGCUGGUCGGGGAAGGCCGACUACAUCGAGGCCGCGGCGCCGGUGGUGGCCGAGGAGGAGAAGCCCGGGAGGUCCUUCGUUGGCGGCCUGACGGAGGAGAAGGCGCGGCAGCUGCGUGCCCGGAUGUCGGAGACGGAGAGCUUCCACGACGCCAUGUACCACUCCGCCAUCGCCUCCCGCCUCGCCCGCUCCACCUAG